AUGUUGAUGACCAGAAACCAAACAAGAUGGUUCAAGGUGCUAGAAGGGACCUUACUCGGAAAUAUUCAGCUGAGAAAAUACCCUCUGAAAAACAUCCACGCCCGGACGGCGAGCACAACCCUAGAUCUCCGACAGAAAAUGCUUCUCAUACCAGAGACGAUAUCACCCAGGAAGCCGGGGGAAAAGAGGAGGUCGAUUCUGACUGGGAGAUUGUGGGCAUCCCUAUAG